AUGUCAAGCCGGCCCGCCCGCCGCCGCUCGUCGGCGUCGGCCACGGCGGAGACCGCCGGCGCUAGGGCUGCCAAGGCAGCGUCGCUGGAAAACAAGCGGGCCGCCCUGGGAAAUCUCACCAACGUUGCCGGCGGGAGGACCGGCGGGGCCGAUGCGAAAUCGAGUUCAUCCAACUCAGUAGCCUAUGUGAAGAAGGGGAGUUCUGCUGGCCUUCCCAACGUGAAUAGGAAAGUGGCUUCUGCCACAAAACCAACUUUAGACCGGUUUGAGCGAGCAAUAUCGCACCAUGGCAAUGCCCUUCAGAAGGAGAACGUUUGUUGCCCAUCUGUGCCUACGUUGGCACCCCAUGGCAGUUGGCCCGGCCUGUCUCAUGAUUCUGUUUCUAUGGAGGACGAUAUGCUAACAUGCAAUUCAGUGGAAAGCCCUGGUCCUCUAUUCCUUGACAAUGCAGCUUCUUCAGUGGCAACUUCCUUGCGCCGUUGUGCGAAUGAUAAACUUCCUGUAUCUGACAAUAGGGAUACCACAGUAUCUAGAUGGAGAAAACAUUGUCCUACCCCAAUCGAAAAUGACGAUAUCUUUGAGAUUGAAACGCACUGCAAGGAUCCAGAAUUGUGUUCAACUCUUACUUGUGACAUUUACAAGCACUUGCGUGAAGCUGAGACCAAGAAAAGGCCUUCACCAGAUUUUCUGGAAACCACACAGAAGGAUAUUGACGCAAGCAUGAGGGCAGUACUUAUAGACUGGCUUGUGGAAGUCACAGAAGAAUAUCGUCUUGUUCCUGAAACCUUAUACCUCACAGUCAGUUAUAUUGAUCGGUAUCUUUCUAGCAAAGAGAUCAAUCGAGAUAAGCUGCAGUUACUUGGUGUCGCCUGCUUGCUUAUAGCCGCUAAGUAUGAAGAGAUAUGUCCACCCCAAGUAGAAGAGCUCUGCUAUAUUACCGACAAUACAUACAUAAAGGAUGAGGUUCUGCGAAUGGAAGCUUCUAUCCUGGGUUGCUUGAAGUUUGAGAUGACUGCACCUACAGGAAAAUGUUUUUUGAGGAGAUUUCUGCAUGCUGCUCAAGUAUGUCAUGAGGGCCCAGCUUUGCAUCUUGAGUUCCUAGCUAGCUACAUUACUGAGUUGUCACUUCUGGAGUACAGCUUACUUUGCCAUGUACCUUCACUGAUAGCUGCCUCUUCAAUUUUCUUGGCGAAUUUUAUCCUUAAGCCAACAAAGAAUCCUUGGCAGAAUACCACUCUUUCCUAUCACACACAAUACAAACCAUCCACAUUACGCGAUUGUGUAAAGGUACUACACCGGCUUUUCUGUUUUGGCCUUGGAAGCAACCUCCCUGCAAUUAGAGAAAAGUACAGCCAACACAAGUACAAAUUUGUAGCGAAGAAGUACUGCCCGCCGUCGAUUCCAGCCGACUUCUUCCAAGAUGCUAGCAGUUAG